AGGGCCCGGUCGGGCAGAUCCGUCUCCCCAUCCCGCUGGAAAAAAAAACACAAUUUGUCGGGGAGAAAACAACAUAUUGAACCUCCCCCACCCCCUAGUUGGGGACCUCAGACCACCCCACUCCGUCGGGCAUGCGCCACCCCUGAAUGGAUUUAACUUUGUAGAUAUUUUGUUAAAAUAAUUAUCAUAAAAUAAUGGCUUAGUCACAAACAGUAAUGGCUAUGAGAAUAAUCGACUACACGAGCUAAUAUGAAUGGCCAUGGACACGAGUAAACACUAAAAAAAUAAUAUACACAAGAGUAACGAACAAACAAGUACACGAAUGAGUAAACGAUCAAAGGCGUGUAAACAAACAAAUUACUUUUUCAACAAUGAAUUCAGCAAUAAAGCGCUAAAAGCCAGCUUCCUAUAGCUAACUAUUUUACGUUAUACGGUACAGUUUGGUGUACAAAAUAUUAUUGUGUAGAACCAUAAACACGUAUUUUAUCGAUUCCUGAUGAUGACAUAAUUAAUGUCGAAAUAUUUAAUCCCGACACGAUGACGUGCAUUUCGAUAAUUGGGGUAUGUAUUAUACUAUCUUUUCUGAGAUUAAUCAUUGGACCUUUCGGUUAUUUAGAAUUUAGUAUCGCAACUAAAUAACGUCUGAACGACAUAUAAUAGUGUCGUUUAUAUUCUUCAACACCGAGCGCAUUUUUUUAUCGUGUCGUUGUCGUGUCGUUAUCGUGUCUAGUGUAAGUGUAGCUUUAACGUUGCUGUCAACGUUGCGUCAUCGCUUUUUCUUUGUGACAUACGUUUUCGAGCUAUUCAGUAAAAUUAAAUUUUUUUGUCAGUAUUUAUUUAUUGAUAUAAAAAAAAACCACUCAGAUGACAACAAAGAAAUGUUAAAAAAUAUCUGAAUUUACAAUAUAAACGGAAGAAAAAUACAAGACAUCAGACGAAAUAAAUGUAUGCCUAAACUAAAACAUUAACAUUAAAAAAAGAUUAUAAAUAUGACUUAGUGCAACCGCUAGAAAAUGGCCGCCUGGAAUUAACCAUUUCACUAAGCCCCGCCCCUUGGAUAUUGUUGCCAAGGUCUCACAAAACGACAGUGUAAAAAUAUCAGGGUUGAAUAUAAAAAUUCCUCUAUGAAAAACACGUGUGUUUGCAGGACGUACGCGCGCGUAUUCCAUGUUAUUGUUCUGAUUGGUCAUUGUUAAGUGUGAUUGACACUCCGAAGAAGUCCACUGAAUAUAUAGUAUUGAUUUUAAGUCCGACAUAACUAAAUAUCCGUGUCAUGACAAAUUUAAGUUUCACAUGCAAAGCGCGAAAAUAAUUGUGAUCUCAUGACACAGAGUAACAUGCCUAAAAAUAAACCUGGAAAAAUGAAGGCUCUGUUUGCUAUUAUUAGGCUUAAGAGGAUCCAAGUAUACCAUUUAUUCCAGCGGCUCUAAGAUUUUAAAAUAAUAGCAAUUUCCGAUUUGAACACUAAACAUCUGAUAAUGAAGAAAGACAAAAUGCAUUCUACAUUCAACAGUAUUUUAGGCGCCGUGUUUGUAUUUCUGUCAGCAACAUCUUGUGGCGGGAGUCCGGUCUUGAGGACGAGGCACUCAUCGAUGUCGUCUGAUCAACACGACGGGCCAUUCAGCAGAUGCUCCAACACAUCGUCGUUAACUUAUCCACAACUGUAUUAUCCUGCGACAAAUACUGUUCCUGUGCAUGCGUUUGAUACGAGUCUACUUUCUCAAACUAACUACAAUACGGAGAGCGAGAUCCCACACAAAGAAUGUCCGUACAAGGUGCCAACUGACUAUAGUUUAUCUGAGUCUGGUCUUUGUCCGUUUGACUUCUAUGAAGACUAUCAAGCUGAUCGUAUUCCAGCCAAAAUCAUGAAAGUAAGGUGCCGACCCACUUGUACCACCUGCAUCGACCCGUUCGACAACACGCAGACGUCGACGUUGGCAUGUAAAGAAGUCAUGUACACAAUGAAAGCCAUGAGGAAAGUUGGCUGUGAGGGCAGUAUUGUUCAAUUCGAACAGUACGAUGAAAUCAUUCCUGUUGCCUGUAUUUGCCAAAGAACUGUGAGGCCGUCGACCAACCCGGGUCCAGGUGGCCUACCACCAAUGUAAAUGAUCGUGUUAUGUCUAUCAUAAAGGUAAUUAAGAAAAUGAUGCAAUCUUUCAUAUUUCUUAUCAGUUCUAUAAUCCGUUGAUGACUAACACUGUCCCAACCAAGUUAUUAUUUCCGGGUCUAUAAUUAGAGUAUUUAUUGAAAUGCACAUAAAAACUAUGCAUUUUUUAUAGGCCUACAUGGUUUUCUUAAAUGGCUAACGACCAUGAUACUAUGUAUGUUAAACAUGCUAUCAUUGAUUAUAAUGAUCUCAAUGGAUAUUUAAAAUAUUUAAUUAAUUAAUGUCAGUGACGUAUUUAUAGAAGGGCGCACCCCCCCCCACAAAAAACAUUACUCGCCCCCACACCUUCGCGCUCCCCAUCAGCCCCUCUCCCAAUUCAAGACUUCUAGAUACGCCAAUGAUUAAUGUAAUAUUCUUAUUCUUUUUAUAUGAACUGUAUUUAGGUCUACCUUAUAACGCUAAUAAGCUUACAUUAAUUAGAU